GGAUUUGAAACAAAAGGAAACAAACAUACUCUGCCAGAGAACCUUCACAUGCAACCUUGUUACAAUGGAAACAAUGAAACCUCCCCAAAUUCAAGCACUUUACAUCCAGUAAUACAUGAGUAGACAAGCUGCAACACAGGCAGCGAUGUGGGGCAGACCACUUCCAAAAGGGAACAUUUCCCACUGCUAUGUAUUUCCUAUCCCCCACCCCCCACAAUUUCUAACAAUAGAUUAAUUUUAUGAACUAAUGAUGCAUAUUAAACAGAUGCCAAUACAAUAUCAGAUUUCAAAGUUCUUCAAAACUGUAAUUUCUUUAAAUGACUUCCAUAUUUUAUGGACUAUAAGACGCUACGGACUAUAAGACGCACCUUAAUUUUAAUCCAGUUUUUCAGAGUUUUAACAUAUUAAACUGUUAAAACAUAUAAGACGCACCUGAAUUUUGGCGUAUAUUUUUCGAGGGAAAAAAUGAGUCUUAUAGUCUAUAAAAUACGGUAUUCCCUGGAAGUGUGUGUGAUCACACAUGCAUGCCUUUCAUCUAAAUUAAGUCCAAAAGAAAAGAGGGAUAAUACAAAUGAACACGUUGGUAAACUUCUGUUUCUUAAAAUAUCUUGCUGCGAGAGAAACCAAGACAAGCACAACGGGGUGGGGGGGCAGGCACAAUGAUAUGGGCAUGGAGACAGGCUUCUGUUCCUGCUACAUGUGCUGAACUGCUGCUCCUUGGCUUAAUAGAGGCAGGGUGAUACCUAUGCUACCUAUCUUACUGUUGUGAGCACCAAUAAUGGGUGGAAUGUUAUGUGGACUAUUUAAUAAAACUGAUUGAUUACAUAAUGAAUAGCAUAAGCAACAUAAUGAAUGGAAGCAGUACUAGUCAAAUUGAGGAGUUUCAAAAUUGUAAUUAAUUAUUUUCAAGUACUAACCUUAGGAAAUCUGUGCAUUCAUAAGGAACAGUGCCUUGGACAUGUUAAAAUAAGGUCAGUGAAGAUGUCAUACAGAAGCUCAAUAAAAUUUAACUAAGGGUUGCAAAAUAAAGUGAGGACAUCUCUGCAGACGAUCACCAAUCUUGGCUUGUUUCUCUUAACCAUGAUUUGUAAUUGCCCCAUGCCCAGUCUUUGCCUCCCAAGCUGCCUUACUCUGCCCUGCUCCUGACAAACCAUUUCCCAACCAGUGGUCCUGAUUAUAAAGGGGGUGGGCUCACACAGAACGAACUCCCUUGACUCUGCCUGCCUGCUUUCAAAGUUCUCCAGAUGCUCUCAACUUCCUGCAAAAGGGAAAGGAAGUGUUAAAACUCUCCUCCCAUCCCCCAGCUGCAGCCUCGUAUCAAGCACUGUCAACCAUUUCCUGCCCACUCCUAUACUACCAGAAAAUAAUACUAAUGGUUGUUGGGGGAAACACAGAUACAUUGAAAUAAACCAGAAGAAGGAAUGAAGUAAUAGGACAGGAUUAACUAUGUAUCCUUGAACAGCAUUUAAAUGGGGGUGGGGGACAGGCGAAAGAGAGUGCUGCUAGAAGGUGGAAGACAGACAAUCUGACAGGAAUUGCAUACCUGACCAAAGAUGGGCUGACAGGACACACAGAAAAGGAAGAGUUGCAGGGGUGGAAGGGGAAACUGAGGAGAAUUUCCUGCAAAUACAGCAUUACUGGGGGGGAGGGAUUUUAGGGAAGGACUACUGUGGAGUGUUAGAGCUAUGGGAGGGAAAGAGGAGGUGCACUUUGGCAAAUGGACCUGCAUUGUGGUCCGUGAACAUGAAGAAUACUUGACGUGCAUGCUCAUUCUUCAUGUUCCUUGGGCGUUGUCAGCAGUAAUCCCACAGAACUGGCCAAAAGGUCUCUGAAGCAUGCUGUCCUACAAAUGCAGCUCAGAAGUCUCCCUUUGUGAGGAGCAGCAGCAGCAGGGCACCCCACUGGGCUAGCCAGCAAAAAGGGGAAGCUUUCAACUUCUUUCUUGCUAGUAAAGAACAAUACCCCACUCCCCAUGGAGAUAAAGAUUGUGUUGAGAAAUCACUUUUAGCAGUAAUUGUCUGUCCAUCACUGUGUCAACAAGCUGCUGGUGACUCCAGCUCUGGUAGAAAUGGGAGAAGUGGGAAGGCAGAGUAGCCUUAAAUGGUCUCUGUGAAGAAUCUCUGGAUUUAAAAGGAAAGGUGAAUCCUGUCAUUGAUUUUGUUUCUAGGCAAAAACUGGAGAGAUGACAUAAGAGGUUGUUAGGGAGAUUAGGGGAGGUUUCAAGCUGGCACCAGUGAGAGGUGCUUCCAGCCUAUAUUUGUGACUGCUCUGGGCUAGUGUCUCUGUGAGUGGCACCUCUUGGGGGAAGGAGUCAAAGAAAGAAACUGUGGUUAUGUGUUCAGACCCAAAGUAGAACUACACCUACACAAAACUUAUGUACAUGAGCCACUUUCAAGCCAGUGGUUUGGCUCUUGGUUAGAUGGCCAAGAAUAAACCACUGUUAAUGCCAUUGCAUGAGUUCAGAUUAUAGGAAUCGAGGUUACAUGAAAUAAACUGAGGUUCCACGCAAUAUCUGAACCCACUUCUAAUAUGGUAACACUUUUCAGUGGCAUCAUUUUUUUCUUAAUGUAGACAAGGUAAGAUUGUCCCCAGCAAUGACCUCCACUCGAUGGGGGGGGUGACUCUCUGCCUUCCUUGCCAUCCACCUUGAUUGCUCUCUUCUCCUGGUCAUCUCCAUCUGGCUCAGGAUGGUAAAAGGCAGAACUAGAAAGAAGAGUGAGCAAGGAAGGCGGGGUGGUUGCUCCCUCUUCCUGGUUGUCUGUCUGGCUCAGGCAGGCAAUUGACCAACACAACCAGGAGGAAGCUUGCUUCCUUGCUUGCUUGCUUGCUCGCUCCUCCUGGUCACAUUUGUCCACCACCUGGCUUAGGCACCACACUUAAAUUUCCACGUCCCAUGUCAAGCUUGUGCCUGGGAAUUGUCAAGCUCUGUCCUACAGUCCUGGUUGUUAAUGGCAGAUCUGUAAAAAGGAAGUUAAUUAUCGCCCAGGCCUAGAUUCUGGAAGAAGAUGCCUGGCUUGCAUCACAGUGGCUGAAGAUGAAGAAGGGGGUCUAUUUUUCAGACCUCAGUGAUGUAUGGCCUCCUCAGUGGCUGAGGAGAAGGCCUUGCUGUGGUCUGUCAUGUUUCCAUUCUUUAGGUGUUCUUUCUAGCAGAAAGAACACCUUUCAUAGCAUUGAAAAUGCUAUGUAAAUAUUGAAACAAAUAUUAUACAAUAUAUAAAUAAUUAGUUAGGUGCGAUAAGUGCGAUAUGAGAUAAGUAACCAAGUUUAGGCAUUCCAAAAGUUUAUGGAGGUAAAAACGAGAACUGAAAUAGUUCUUUCCUCCCCCUCCCCUCCAAUUUUCAGAACUGUUCUCUGUGAAAUUUAAAGUCUAGAAUUAACUUAAUAGUCUAUCGUCAAUGGUAUGUUGAUAACCAAUGAUAUUUAGUUCAGCUCCUUUUAUAUUUCACCAUUUGUAAGUGGACAUUUAAUACUGCUUGCAAAUUAAAAUGCAUUAACAGCCGGUUUUUGAGAACUGACAUGCUAAUAUUUCAAAUUCUGAGGUCUGAUUUCAAAUGCUGAGAUCAAGCUUCAAAUUCUCAACAUCUAAAUUUUAAUCUUCAGUUUUAGUGGAAACGUCAGAUUGCUUACCUGUAACUUUAGUUCUUCCAGUGGUCCUCUGUGCUCUUACACCCUUGGGCUUUGCAUGUGCACAGAGACCAAUUAGGAAUGUUCCAAUUUUUUUUUAGUUCAGGCGGGAGCCCAUCCCCUAUCCCUUUAUGUGCCUGUUCAAGGCUCCUAUCCCUCAGUUACUGAGUCCGCUAGUAAGUACCCUGAAGAGGGGAGGAGGGAGGGUGUGUAAGAGCACAGAAGACCACUGGAAGAACUAAAGUUACAGGUAAGCAACCUGUUCUGCUUCUUCGUGGUCUUCUGUGCCUUACACCCUCGGGCGCAUCACAAGCUAAGGCUUACCUGGAGGUGGGAAUCAAGUGAAGAGUGACUGUAGGGCAGCUUUCCCAAAGGCAGAUUGUUGGCAAGACUGGAUAUCCAGAGCGUAGUGCUGGACAAAGGACAGUGGAGUCGACCAGGUAGCCGCUUGGCAGAUUACCUCUAGGGGCACAGAACAGUCAAAGGCUGCAGAGGUGGAAUAAGCCUUUACUGGGGGAAAGUAGUUUGGUGACUUGAUAGGCAUGCUGGAUUGUGUUCACAAUCCACCUGGAAAUUGUUUGAGAAGACACCUGCCUACCCUUGUGCGAGUCGGAAAAGGAUACAAACAAGGCAGGAGAAGAUCGCCACAGGGCUGUUUGGUGGACGUAGAAAGCCAGCACUCUGCAAACAUUGUGGGCAUGCAGUUUUCACUGAGCAGGAUCCGAUGGAGUGGGGGAAAACACCAGGAGAACUAACAGUUGGGAACGGUAAAACGAAGAUACAACUUUUGGCAAAAAGGCAAUAUUGGGUCGCAACACAACUUUGUCUUUAUGGAAGACCAAAUAGGGCUGGUCCACCUGGAGAGCUCAGAGUUCACUCACUCAGUGAGCAGAUGUAAUCACUACCAAGAAUGCUACUUUCCAGGAAAGGAGACAGAGAUCCAUGGUCACCAGGGGUUCAAAUGGGGGACCUAUCAGGCAUGAUAUUAAUAAUGAGAGGUCCCAUGUCAGCGCCAUAACUGGGGCAUCUGGAAAUUCACGCUGGAGACCUUUCAAGAAUUGAUUUAUCGUAGGGUUGUGAAAUCAGGAAGGAGUUGUGGAUGGCAUAUGUGUCACGAUAGCUGCCAGGUGGACCUGUAAAUAGGAAAUAUUUAGUCCUUUCUCUUUGAGAUAAAGGAGGUAUGCACAAAUGGUGGCAAUCGUCAACAGUUCUGUGUUUCAAGCUGUCUCGGUGAGGAAUGACUGGAAGCGUUUCUACUUUGAGGAGUAAGAGGUGAAUGUGGAUGGCUUUCGAGCAGACAUGAGAAUCCUCUGGAGUUCAGGUGGAAAGACGGCUGGAUCUUCCAUGCUGUGAAUCUGAGGCUAUGUAGAUUGGAGUGUAGACUCCUGUCGUUCACCUGUGUUAGCAGGCGCGGGUGCAUUGGGAGACGUAUGUGGAUGCCAGCUGAGAGUUUCAACAGGGUAGGGAACCAAGGGCGGCGAGGCUACCAGGGGGCAAUGAGGAUGCAGUCUAGGUGGUCGUGUUGGAUUUUGAGCAACACACAUGGCAAAAGCGGUAUCAGAGGGAAGAAGUAAGUGAAGAGGCGUUCCCACAACAGAGAGAAUGCAUCUCCUUAUGAAUUUCGGUCCUUGCCUGCUCUGGAGCAAAAAAGGGGGCAUUGAGUGUUGAGUGCUGAUGCAAAAAGGUCGAUCGUUGGCCUCCCCCACAUUUGGAAGAGGGAAAGCACAGCCAUCCGCUGUAAAUGCCAUUCGUGGGUGUCUGUGCGUAGUCUGCUGAGGACAUCUGCUUCGGAGUUGGCUAUGCCUCAAAUAUAGAUUAUGUGGGGUAGUAUGUUGUAAGUGAUGCACCAUGUCCAAAGGGACAUAGUAAAGUGUAGCAGGGUUCUGGAACUCGUGCCUCCUUGUCUGUUUACGUAUUACUUCGCAGUGGUAUUGUCUGUCUGAAUUGUUAUGACAGAGUUGCGAAGGAUGGGAAGAAGGCCCCUGAGGGCCUUGCAGAUGGCGAGGAGUUCCAGGAAAUUGAUGUGGUGGCGUACUUCUUAUGGGGAUCAUAGACUGCUGAUAUGAAGACCCUGCAUAUGUGCUCCCCAGCCGGCUUCAGGAGUGUCUGUGAAGCUCGGAGUGAUUGAAGAGGUGUUGUCUUGUCUGCAGACGAAGAAAGACUGAGGGAUAGGAGCCUUGCACAGGCACAUAAAGGGACAGGGGAGGGGCUCCCACCUGAACUCAAAGAAGCUUGGAACGUUCUGAAUUGGUCUCUUCGCAUGCACAAAGCCCAAGGGUGUAAGGCACAGAAGACCACGCAGAAGAACCUUGAUUUCACAGCACUUGUUAAGUUCAGUAGCCCAGUCUAUUAGUUAAGCUCUACACGGCUUGGGGCUGGAGUACCUGUCGGACCGUAUUCACCCAAAUGAAUCUGCUAGGGCCCUCCGCUCAUCAUCUCAGGCCCUGCUCCUGGCUCCGCCACUAACAGAGAUCUGGUUGGCAGGGACUAGAGACAGGGCCUUUUCAGUUGUGGCCCCUCAGCUUUGGAACGGCCUCUCUGAAGAGCUUCACCAUUCUCCCUCCACAGUGCUUUUAAAAAACAACUUAAAACACACCUUUUAAAGGAGACUUUGUAAUGCUCCAUUUUUUGUUAUAUCUGCUCUGCAAGAUUACAGUUUAUUAUUCAAAGACAGUAACUCUUCAAAUCCUUCAAGAAAACUUCAUUCACAGCUGCUGGAUGAUUGUGCUGGAGGCAUCCGGCUGAAAUUGUGACGUGCUGACUCCAAAAGGAGAAGAAGGCACAGGAAUCUACAGAAGGCACAGGAAUAAGCCAAGAGGAUGUCUGUGAUCAGCGCCUUGCCGUUCCUCAAACCCAUUCACCUCAAACCUCCACGGAGCUCCCCUGGUCGCCAGCGCCGACACACGCUUCCUGCCAGCGAGUUCCGGUGCCUCACCCCUGAGGAUGCCAUCAGCGUGUUUGAAAUUGAGAGAGAAGCAUUCAUUUCGGUGUCAGGAGACUGCCCCCUCCACCUGGAUGAGAUCCGCCAUUUUCUAAACCUCUGCCCUGAGCUGUCACUGGGCUGGUUUGAAGAAGGCCGACUAGUUGCUUUCAUUAUUGGCUCUCUCUGGGAUCAGGAAAGACUCAGCCAGGAUGCUCUGACCCUGCACAAACCCCAUGGCAGCACCGUCCACAUCCAUGUCCUGGCAGUGCAUCGCACCUUCCGCCAGCAAGGCAAAGGCUCUAUCUUAAUGUGGCGCUACCUACAGUACCUCUGCUGCCUCCCCUACGUGCGUCGAGCCACACUGAUGUGCGAAGACUUCCUCAUCCCUUUCUACUCAAAGUGUGGCUUUAAGGUGCGAGGCCCUUGUGAGAUCACCGUGGGCUCACUGAACUUCAUUGAGAUGCAGCACGCUGUUCGUGGCCAUGCCUUCAUGCGUAGGAAUAGUGGCUGCUGAGCUCAUGCAUCCCCUUGCCAUUCAUUUUUUGCUUUUGAGCUCGCUGGUCAACAAGCCAGCUUUCUCAGUGAUUCCCAUAUCUUCAGAUGGGAGCCACCAGUGGGUCAGAAGAGCCCUGUGGGUGAGUCACCGAGUGGUGUGUAGUGGGAGCUAUGGGGCUUCAAGGCCUUCCACGUCAGUGGGACGUGAGCUUACACCAAAUUAAAAACCUCAAUGAGGAAGCCCUCUUAAGAAGUUUGGGCACCUCUACCACAUACAAACUGGUAGAUCAGCACCUCUUAUAGACAACUCUUACCAUUACCAGUGCCAUUUUCUCAAGGCAGCAAAUACCUAAAGCCCAGCAGUCCCCUUUUACCCACACAGCUGCCUUGAUACAGGUAGCUACACCUCAGCCCGGUUUCUCCUUUUCACUUGUGUCUUAGCUGGCUUUGCCCUGCAACAACCAUCAUACUACAGAUGGAGAUCAAAAGGCACCCCAAAACUGGCAGGGUGGUGAAGCUGUAACAGCUAAGCUAGUCUUUAUCAGACAAUGGUUUGUUGUCGAUGAUGCUCUGAAUUCGGCAGGUCAAAAUUGGUGAUUGUCACAAACCUCCAACAUAACAGUAGCCAUACCUUGUUUAGUAGUAGGGAACUACCAUUUAUCCUUAGCUGUGUGAUAGCUUCAUCUGCCCCUCUGUUUUCAGGACACUUGUUACCACCAUCACCCUUAUACGUGGGCAAAAGGCAAACAACCAAACUGCGUUGCUCUGUAAACUCUGUAUCCAUAACUGUGAAGGAAGUCAAUACAUCAACAUAGAUCAUUGUUGCAGAAAUCAAGCCUUCUAUUCUUCAAAAUGUGGUUUUUCUUGUGGAGAAUUCUUGCAAUUAGGUAAAUGUUGCUUGGCAAGCAGAAUUAUUCAAUUAGGUCCUCAAUUUCUGAGGAUUACUAUUUGCCUUGGGGAAAAAAGGGGCAUGUGCUUUGUGAAGUUACUUUUUGCUCUCUAUGGAGAAACCCUCUCCAUGCCUUCUGUCUGGCUGCUCUCUUGUGCUGAAAUAUGUGGAAGCUGUGUUUGUAUGCUUUGCAAAUAUAGAAGGUGGCCCAAGAAGAAAAAUGGACCCAAAUGAUAUGCUUGAUAGCUGCCUUUCUUUCAUAGUUACACAAAAGUACAAAUAGUGAAAUAGGUGGAUUUAAAUGUACAUUCUGUUGGCGAUGCAAAAGUCAUGCAGGCCAGCCCUGUGUGUACAGAAAAUGUUUAGAACUCUCACCACUAAAUGGGACAAAGGAUUUAUCCUUUAUCCUUCUAUCCUAUCCUUCUCACAAGCCAUUCUCAAUGCCACCUUCCACUUGCCAUGUCUUUUGUUAAACCAAAUAAAUAAAUAUUAUCUUUUCUAA